GAGAGGGAGAGGGGGCGGGGGGAGAAGGAGUCCGAAUAAAACAUGCUGUCCGUCGCUGUCCGUCACUCCCUCAUACUCACUCUCUGAUUCUCAUCUCACUGUAAAGUCCUCUGGACCAGACUUGUCGAAUCACCAUGUCUCGUCUGUUUGGAGCUAUGGCUACCCUCAUCGAGGUCUUCCGCGAACAUGCAGGCAAAGACGGAGACGCUUCAACCCUAAGCAAAAGUGAAGUGAAGUCUCUUCUCACAAAAGAAUUUGGCGCCAAACUUGAUAGUGCAAAGGACAAGGGCGCUGUGGACGAAAUGUUCAAAGCCCUUGAUGCUAACGCUGAUGGCACUGUGGACUUCACAGAGUUUGUCACCAUGGUGGCUGCUUUGACCGUCAUGAUGCAGGGAUCGUAAUAAGACCAAGAGGCCUCUUUACAGAUGUUCAUGCUGGCCCUCACACACACACACACACACACAGGUUCACACCACCACUAGAGGGAGCUCUCUGUCCAGAGUUCUGCAUCUCCAAUCCAUGAAGGUGUCAUCAAUUCAAGAAUAUGAAAACAACAAGAAAAACAAAACAUUCACACUGUAUCUCACACACUCUUACAGGAAUAUGUGCUUCAACUUUUUACCAUCUUGUUAAUAGAAAACAUGUCAGAAAUAUUUGAAAUAAACUGUUAAAAUUGG